AUGGCCCAUGGCUUGUUGGCCGAUAGGACCGGGACCCAAGCUGAAAGUCUGAAGAGCGGGCAAACCGUGCCAGGUGAAGAUCUGAACCCUGAGAUCUUGUCAGCCUACCGAGAAGCAGCAAGCUGGGCCUUGGCCCUGGGCAGGGACCAUCUUGCCAUCGCGGAUGUUGGGGCCGGUGUAGGCAGAGAUCUCCUCUACAUCCGGCAGAGCUUCGGCCAGCUGGGCCUGCCACUGCAGGUCGUGGCCGUUGAGCCCAAUGAGCUGGCGUGGCCAGCUCUGCAGGAGCGCUUGCUGUGGUGCUCUGGAGUGGUGGUGAAGGAUGCUGCGGAGCUUUCUGCUGGGAGCUUCGACCUGGCGGUGCUGCAGCAGGUGCUCUGCUCCGCAGACGCUCCGCAGCAGCUGCUCGCGGAGCUGCGCGGCGCCCUGAAGCCAGGGGGCGGUUUGCUCUUCGUGGAGCAUAUGUGCUCCUCCCUGGGCUUUCGCUUGCUGCGGCCACUGCAAUGGACGCUGUGCGGCUGCGACCUUUGCCGAGAUCCUGCUGCGCUGCUGCGGUCCUUUGCUUGGCAGGAGCUCGCGAUCACGUGCUUCGACGCGCCGGUGCUUGGGGUGCCCCUGGUGCCUCACAUCAGGGGCCUGGCGAUCAAGGCGGAGGUGUCCAGCGGCCAUGACUUCCUGUGA